AUGGUCACAUCUCGCACACCGUUGCUAGAGACCGAUUACAAUCUGCACAAAUCAAACAGCACUUACUUUACGGAUCUGGAUGUUUCGCGUACAGCGCUCGUGAGCCGAAUUUACAGUCCUGGAGUCGGCAAUGUGAGCAAGGAGCUAGACCAGGAGUUCCUAGCCGCAAGCAAGAAAGAGGGAAAGCCGGCGCCAAGGCGCAAGCCAGUCCUGAUCGUGCUCGGAUCUGUCUACUGCACAUUCAAGCGCGAAAUCAAACCAUUCGAACUAUAUGAGAUGCACUCUAAGGUGAUCUCUUGGGAUGCAAAGUGGAUGUACAUCCUGACCUGCUUCAUGCGACCUGCACGCCGCAGUGGCGGCGAAAAAGAGCGGCUUCUGCGCGCUAGCGGGUUCCUCCCCACGCCGCCCCCAGAGAGUGAAGCCAAGACCGCACUAGCCGAUGCGGAGUUCUCAGCCGAGACUUCCGACGUUGGAACUCCUGGUAAUGGUGAAGGUAUCACGGCCAUGGGAGGCGUGGAUGAAACACUGGUUCGGGAGGUAUUGAAGAUAAACGAUGACCAGAUUCCUAGCCAGGAGACACUGGAUAAGCAGCAGAAGGAGAAUACUGAUUCGUGGGAUGUUGAAGAGUGGACCUGGGAGCGCAUCGAACAGGAACGUCUGCGGGGACUGGAGGUUGUCGAUGGAUAUACUAAUUUGGAUACCAAGCUGUUCGAUGAAUGGGUGCAAUAG